ACACAAACAUUUUUCUCAAAUAAUGGCAACAUCAACAACAUCAUUACUACCAAAUCAAGAACAACCACAAGUACAACAAGAAGUACCUAUUUAUACACAAUCUAUACCAAAUAAUAAUAAUAAUAAUAAUAAUAAUGCAUGGCAUAACAAUACCAAUAAAGGAUCAAUAGGUCCAUUUUUUGGUGUUAUAUCAGUUUUGGCUGUUCUUGCAAUAAUAUCAUGUCUUGUGGGUAGAUUUUGGAUAGGGAAAGAAAACACCCCAUUGGAGAGUAUCAAGCAUAGGGGAUCCUGCUGUGGCUGGCUCAAACGGCGUCGUUUCGGAAGGUCUGCGGUUGAUGCUGGCGGAGUUAGAGGCGGUAAAGUUGCUGCUGUCGCUCCGCCUCUUCCUGAUGAGCGAGGUUUUAACGGUAGUUAGUGAUAGAAUAUACAACAUAUUCUGAUGUUUUAAUAUUUAGUUUAAGUUUUUAGUCGAGUUGAUUGAUGAAAGUAUAACUAUAUAAAUAUCAAAAGGUCGACCAAUGUGAUAUACAUAAUUUGGAUCAAUCUAGGUUUCUUUGUUUUUUUGUUUAAUUUUUUGUGGAAGAUUUCUUCCACUAUGUAUUCCAAAGUGUAAAAGGAUGCAACAUGAACAUGCACUUUUUUGUAUGUUGCCAAUCUAUUUAGGGUGCUUAUGUUAUGUAGAGCAGCUACUACAAGCACA